AUGGACGACAUUCUUUUAAGAAGGCUUAGGCUCAUUAACGACAAACUCACUACGGACUUAGAAAUAAUUCCUGAUAUAGUAAAUUCAGAAAACUUAAUGCAGGCUCAAAUUGCAUACAGUAAAUUGGAAGCGUCUCUGAAAAGGCUUGGCAGCUACCUGAUAGAAUAUUUCAGACUAGCUUCGACUCCCGCGUCCGAUGAAAUCUGCUUAAUAAGUGAAGUACAACUUCAAGCCGAGGAGACUUUAGCGGAGCUUAAGGUGAAGAUCGACCAAGUGACUUCGACGAACAAACCUUCCGAGAAACUAACAGAACCGAACUCCUCGUGCCGACUUCCUAAACUUCAACUGCCGGUGUACAGCGGGGACGUACUAGCCUGGUGUGAAUUCUGGGACGUCUUCAGAAGCAACAUCGAUUCAAGGAACCUGCCUGAAGUGGACAAGCUAUCAUAUCUUAAGACUUCAGUGGCAGGAGAUGCCAAGAAAGCCAUUGACGGACUGUCAACUACUAAUGCCAACUAUGAUAUCGCAGUUUCGAUAUUGAAAGAGCGGUUUGGCAAGACGUCUCAUUUAAUAGAUGCACACUAUGCUGCACUAUAUAAGGUUAAGAUGGCAAAAGGCUCCGCUGAAGAUUGCAGGAAGACAUUCAACGAAAUUGAGAAGCAUCUUAAAAUUUUAGAGUCGUUAGGUGAAGAUAUUAACCACAAUCAUCUACGAUUCAUGCUAUUGGAGAAAUUUCCUUCGGAACUAGUAUACGAAAUAAAACUAAAAGUUAAUGAUGAAUCUAUACAGGAACUCAGAGGCCAGUUAGAUAGAAUUAUCACCGCUAAGGAGGAUUCAGAAAGGAUCUCGGGCAGGAAACGCCCUCAUGAAACGGAAGAUAGUACCGUUGGAACUCUUCAUAUAAACGCAAAACGUGCGAAAUACGCAAACCAACCCCAACCACAACACAGUAACCAGAAGAAACAAAACCAACAAGGAGGCUUUGAUAGAAGAUCGGUGCAGAUCAAGAAGUUUAUUGGUUUUAAGAAACAGAAUAAAGGGAACAGACCGAACCAAACUCAAACUUCAAAUAAAGGUCAAUCCGAACCUCAGCCAGGCCCCUCUGGAGAGAAGAAAGAAUGGGUAUGCGUCUUUUGCAAAGGGAAUCACUUUAAUGACAAAUGCACUGAAGCUACUACCUUGGUAGAAAGAAAGAAACGACUAGGAAAACGAUGCUUCCUAUGUUUUAAGUUAAAUCACUUUAUGAAAGAUUGCAAGAUCGGUCAAGGAAGGCCCGGUGAAGAAACAGUUGUGACUGUCCUAGAAGAGGGUAUUACAACGCUCCAAACAGCAAUAGUUUAUGCAAACCCCUUAGAUGAUAAAAAUAAACAAUAUAAAUAUAGACUUCUUUUAGAUCCCGGUUCUCAACGCUCCUAUGUCACGUUUCAAACGGCCAAAGAAUUGAAGCUUCCCGUCGAAGAAGAAAGUCAUUUAGUAGUGUUCACCUUUGGUGAUGAUCCUCCUAAAGAAAUACACAGCCCUAUAGUUACUCUACAGUUGCUGUCAAGAACAAAUAAGAAGAUAGUUAUACGGGUUAACUGCGUAGAACGUAUUUCAAGAGGGUACAUACCUAAUGUCAAGAUGAAGGACUUACCGGAGACAUAUGUACUAGCGGAUGACGGUUCGUUAAGCGGACCAGUACAGAUUCUGGUCGGAAACGAGUACUAUUGUAACAUAACCUAUGAGAAGAAAGUACAAUUGGACAGUAACCUGUUUCUGAUCGACUCUGCCCUUGGUUGGAUAAUAAGUGGUAGAACAGAAUCACAACUUAGUGACGAACCGUACGUAGUGACUUACACUCAGACUUGCAUUGAAACGAAGCUUCAUCAACCAGACCCACCUCUUUGUGAUGCUGACAUAAAGAGCCUUUGGGAACUAGAAUGUAUAGGUAUCAGUGAUUCCCCAAGAGCAACUAGAGAAGAAGAAGCGAUCAAGCGGGUAGAAGAGAUCAGAAAGAAUAAAGAUCUGGAGAUCAGAUACCUUUCAACAGACCUGAAUCCAGCAGACGUAGGCACCAGACCCACCUGUUCGAGAGAGGACAGAGAGAAAUGGCUGACUGGUCCACAAUUUAUAGUAGAAGAUCCUAAGACGUGGCCAACUACAUCUAGCAGUGGACCAACCAGUUCUCUCUUGAUUGGGGAGGGUCUUGGAAUCCAAGAAGAAGAACCGAUGGAAACAGUUGAUCCAGACAUACCCGAUGUUAGUCCGAUGGAAACGAGACAUAGUGCAACCGCAAAAGAAGUAACCGCACAAGAAAAUGAUCAGACGCCAGAUGAUAAGUUUCUAAGGUUGAAAGAAAUUCAAGCUGAAUACUUUCCUCUAGAGGUAGAAGGAAAAGUAACUAGUUUAAGUUUGAAUUUAGGCGUAUUUAAAGACAUAGAUGACUUACUAAGAUGUAAAGGUCGUAUGAAACAUGCAGACUGGUCAUUUGAUAAACGCUACCCUAUACUUAUACCGAAAAAUUCAGACUUCACCAACGAAACUAUAAUGAAGAUUCAUCGAGAAAAUAUGCAUGUUGGCGUGAGUCACACGUUAAGCAAGAUAAGGGAAACUUACUGGAUACCACAAGGAAGAAGCAAAGUUCAAAAUAUUUUGAGGAAAUGUCCUGAAUGUAAGAAACAUGACGGAGGGCCAUAUAAACUACCGGAAACUCCUGCUUUACCGAAAGAGAGGGUUAAUUAUAGUUCUCCAUUUACAUACGUUGGCACAGACUACCUGGGACCACUUCUAGUUAACAAUGGGAAUGGCAGUUGCAAAAGGUGGAUUAGCCUCUACACAUGUUUAGCUGUAAGAGCCAUUCAUCUAGAAGUUGUAAAGGACCUAACGGCGGAAGAAGGUUUAAUGGCCUUACGUAGAAUGAUCUCAACAAGAGGAGUACCUUCCUUGAUAACGUCUGAUAACGCGGCUCACUAUAAGUUACUCUCAGAGAUUCUUCAGAUCCCAUACUGCUUAGAUAAGGAGAUAAGAUGGAAAUUUAUACCACAGUUAGCACCAUGGCAUGGAGGUUUCUACGAAAGAUUGGUCGGUUUAGUUAAGAACUGUAUGAAGAAAACUUUACAGAAACAUCUAUUGAACGACAGCCAGCUCGUUACAGCGGUAAAAGAAAUUGAAGCAGUUCUGAACACAAGACCAUUAACAUACGUGGAUUCAGAGCCUGAUCAUGUACUAAAACCAUCAGACUUCCUUACCAUGGGAAAGUGUAUUACUAUGGAAACGUCGAAUAAGGAUCCUACGUCACAAGGGACGGUGACUAAAGAUAACCUAAUUAAAGGUUGGAAGAAAGCACAGAUAAUUCUACGAGAGUUUAAAGAGAUGUUUGAGAACAGGUACCUCCUAAAUUUGAGAGAAAGAUAUUCCCACCACCCUAAAGAACCUAGGGUGACUUCAAAGUUAGAACCGAAGAUAGGUCAAAUCGUGCAGAUUAAAGGUGACACGAGGAAUAGGAUCAACUGGAAAGUUGGGAAAAUAGUAUCUUUAAGGGAAAGCGCCGAUGGAUUAUGUAGGGUUGCCACGGUACGAGUAGGAGAUACCGAAUACACAAGAUCUAUCACGCAUCUCUACCCUUUAGAGAUCGAAGAGGGAGAAGAACACUGUAAACAAACAUCACCUUAUAACGAAAGCGCAGAAGAACCUCUGCAGCUUCCUGACCUUCCACCUCCAUCUUGCGGGAACGUUGACGUCCAAGACGUUGCUGAGUCUCCUUCUGAACAAAGAUUCACUCCAGUAACAGCUAGAGAUGAUCCAGAAGAAGAAGUUCUACCAUAUGCCUCGCCAGUAGAGGAAAGGAGUUCCUUCAAACAAGUAGUAGAGUCUACAUCUAGUAAGUUAAACGAGCCUAAGCCUAAGUCUAUGUCCGAACCAGAACCACUCGCGGUCGUCGACCCCGAGUAUUACGACCACACUGAUCCCGAGCUACACCACUUGGAGGAAAUUGCGCCAGAAGGACAAGAAGACGAAUCAAGACCUAAAAGAGCCGCAGCUCUUCGGGCCCUUGAAAAGAUUAAAGAAUGGACCAGCAAUCUAGUCGCUGUGCUUCUGCCUGAGGCGGGGAGUGUCGCGACAGACGCGAAUUUAUAA